AUGGCCUCCUUGCAGCAGACGUCAAAGCAGGUCGGGCCGCGGUCACUGCAGCGGAUGUGCCUGGCGGUGGCGCUACGUAACGUGGCCUCGAUCACGGACAUUGGCGAGCUGCCGUUUGAGGCGGCACGGCCGCUGCUGAAAAAGGUGGAGAACGCGGCGCAGCUGCACGAGCUGGAGCUGAACUGUCCGCAGCUGGCGGCCGAGCCGGGCCAGAUGGCCGAGCUAUGGAGCCGGCUGCUGCAGAAGAAGUUUCCCAAAUGGGACGAGCGUGGGUACGCGUUCGACGACGACAUGAGCUGGUUCGAGAUCUACAACGCCGUCAAGGAGGCCGUCGACCGCGACAACGCAGCCGCCACAGCGCAUCUGCAGCAGCAGCUGGCCGGCUUCAGCCGCGACAAGGCGAGCAAGACGAUGCAGUUUGUCAACAACCGCCAGCUGCUCAGCCAGCUGCCAGGCGCUCGGCGGCGAGGCCCCGGUAGUGGCCCUUCCUUUUCCUUUGGCGGCGGCUCGCGCACCCGCAUGACGACCGGCCAGUCCGUGCUGCGUCGCGCCCGCCGCGAGGCCAAGGAAAUCAGCAAGGUGUCGGCGCUCAGCACGCCCACCAGCGCCCUUCGGGCCGCCCAGGGCCAGAUCCGCCGCGCCCCCGAGGCCAUGGUGCACGACUACCGCAUCGCCCACAACCCGGCCGUCAUGAUUCGCGCCCCUCGGCGUCACUCGUCCGCCACGGCUGCUGCGCCCGUAACGGCUGAGCACUCCGAGGCCGAGGCCCGUCUGGUGGCCCUUAAGUCGGGCCCGCCAGCGGUGCCUAAGAGCAUCCCGGCCAAACCCAGACCCCUGAAGCGGCCCACCACCCACGACGACCUCUUUGACAGCUACGAAGAUCUGGACGACGAGGAUCUGUUUGGCGACGCUCCCACGAAAAAGGUCCGCCUCUCGGUCGCCGAUCUGGAACAGCCCUCGCGCCUCCCACAAAGGCCCAAGACGUCUGUGUCGACAAGGCCAGGCAGACCCGACGCUCCGUCAGCCGUGCCACCACGUGCACGCCCACCAGUGCCAGCACCUGCCCCUGUGACUGACGCUGCUCGGAAGCCGGUCCUGCGCGGGUCUCCAGGCCCGCCAGCACGAAAAAAAGCAGCAGUGGACAUCUUCUUCCGCCCCAAGAAGCGGUAG